AUGGGUUCCUCAGAGAUAUACGACGACAAGGCCACACGGCAACGGAGGGAUCAGAGCAGUCGCAGGUCAAGGGUGAAGUGGUGUCUCACGGCCGCCGUUGCCCUUCUCCUCAUGACCAGUCUGCUCUCCUCCUACCCCCGCCACAGCUCUUCUUCUCACCGUCACCAUGAGGAGAAGCAUCAGCAGCCGGAGGAGGCUCCUCCUCAUCCUUCGGCGGCGCAGGUCCAGCAGUGUGCAAUCGACAACCUCAGGUCGGACCUGUCCUUCCUGGACGGCGCGACGCCAAUCGAGGCGAGCGAGUUCCUCGAGCGGCGCGACAGGCUGGCGCGAGCCCUGGCGGCGGACGGCAUCGACGCCUUCGUCUUGGAGCCGGGCUACACGUUCCAAUACUACGGAAACAUCUCGCAGGUGGACUGGGAGCCGUGGGAGCCCGAGGAGAGGCCCUUCCUCAUGGUCAUCAUGCCCGAGAUCGGCGACGGCGGUGAUGGUGCGGUCGACGCGGUCCGGGCCAAGACAGCCUACCUGUCCCCCUCGUUUGAGGCCGGACGCGUGCGCAUGCUGGGCAUACCCUCGCACGACGAAGAGCUCGACAUCGUGGAGUGGGAGGAGCACUGGGACCCGUACGAGACGCUGAUCAACUCCAGGCUCUUUGCCGGCGCCGGAAGCAGCGGAGCCGUCAGGGUCAUGGUGGAUGAGGAGAUGAGGGACUUCAUCACCCGCGGGCUGGAGUCUGCCGGGUUCCGGACCGUCGGCCUCACCCCGGCCGUCGAACUGGUCCGCCAGACAAAGAGCCCUGCCGAGGUGGAGCUCGUCCGUGCCGUCAACACGGGUACCGUCGUCGCCGUGCGCGCCAUGAGGCCCUGCCUCGUCCCCGGCCUGACCGAGGACGACGUCAUGAGUAUCCUGGACAACGCUCUCCUCUCCAUCGGCUUCCAGCCCUUCUUCGACAUCGUCCUGUUCGAGGAGCACGGCGCGCUCCCCCACGGCGGCUUCGUCACGGGCGGCAAGGAGCUCACGUACGACACCAUGGUCGUCAUCGACGUAGGCGCUCAUUAUCUGGGUUACUCGUCUGACAUUUGUAGAUCCUUCCUCAUCGACGGGCCCUCGUCCUCUUCGGAGACGGAGGCGGCCGUCCAGUGGCAGGACCCGCUGUACGAGGAAAAGGCCAAGGUAUGGCAGAUCGUCCUGGAUGCCCAGACCGCCGCAGCCAAGGCCUUCCGGCCCAACCAGACGGCUGCCAGCGUCGACAUCGCCGCCCGCACCGUCAUCGAGGAUGCAGGCUACGGAUACGGCUUCACCCACCGUCUCGGCCACGGGAUCGGCAUCAAGGCCCAUGAGUCUCCCUACCUGAACAAGUUUAACAAGGGCGUUCUGCUGUCUCCCGGCAUGACUUUCACCGCCGAGCCAGGUAUCUACCUCGAGGGCAAGUUUGGCGUGCGCCACGAGGACAUCUACCUUGUCAAGGAGGACGGGGAGGCUGAGCUGCUUACGGGGACGAGGGCCAGGGGUCUGAGGGAGCCGUGA